AUGGCUUUACAAGUUGCAGGAAAAGAGAGGCCUGUUUCUCAGCUGAUGCCGCAACAGCCAAACCACAAGCCCCGAUCAAAAGAAGGGAAGGUCGCGGUUCCUUUCCAUCAUGUAAAACUGCGCUACAGCCAAGCGGCGGUGAGGUUACUUUCCUGCCUUACAGUCAAAGUAUCAGCAGUAGAGGUCAACACACCGGAGGAGAUAUUUGUGGAGAAUGGGACAGACGCAAAGCUUCCAUGCACAUUUACGUCUGUGGAAGUGAUCAGCAGCGCAGCAUCUGUUUCUUGGAGUUUUCAACCAGAGGGAGCUGCAACUCGUAUCUCAUUUUUCUAUUACUUUAAUGGAAAGCCAUACCCUGGAAAGGACAUACCAUUCAAAGACAGGAUCACUUGGGCUGGAGAUCUUAACAAGAAAGAUGCUUCUAUCAGUAUAUCAAACAUGCAGUUCCGGGACAACGGCACUUACAUUUGCGAUGUCAAGAACCCACCUGACAUUGUUGUCAAACCAGGAGAAAUCCGAGUUAGAGUUGUGGAGAAAGACAGCCUGCCUGCGUUCCCCAUUGCCAUGGUGGCAGGGAUAGUCAUCGGUACGGUUACAGGUCUCUCACCGCUCAUCUCUAUUGUCGUGUGUCUUGUCAUCAGAAAGAACAACUCUAAAAAACGAUACUCUGGCUGCAGUACAUCUGAGAGCUUGAUGUCACCGGUUAAGCAGGCUCCGCAGAAGUCGCCCUCCGAGACAGAGGGUCUGGUAAACAGCGUGCCCGCCAGAUCACACCAGGGCCCAGUCAUUUACGCGCAGUUAGAUCACUCCGGAGGACAGCACAGCGACAAGAUUAACAAGUCAGAGUCUGUGGUCUAUGCUGAUAUUCGGAAGAACUGAGAUGAGAUCCUAAGCUAUCCAAAGGAAAACACACGUUCAGACUGGAAUUGCUUGAACAAGAUUUGACCCAGAGAACUCACAUGUGGCCUUUGACGCCUAGGCUAGGACCAAUGCAUGUGCAUACAGAGGGAAAGAUAUAUAUGUAUUGUGUGUAAAUAGUCUAUUUAAUCGUACAGAAGUGAGACCAAUGUUGCAUGUUGAAAUGCGGUAAGAAUUUUGCUUAUAAAUUGCCAAUAUUCUUUUUUGUAUCUUGUGUGACGACAAAGAAAGUGAAAAUCCCAUCACAAUUUUAAAAUAUUUUUAUCUUGAUUAUUAAUGGAGAAACUGGAAGAUGCCUGAAGAUUCUAGAUUGACCUGGAGAUUCUUUUUUUGCUUAUAGGGCCUAAUUUCUUUUCUUGAGGUGAAUAUGAUGAAGAUACCUUCUUUAUACUCAUAGAGUUUUUUAUGUAUACAGGGUAUUUAUCUUUCUGUGGUCAGAUUCUCAGUACAGGCUGCCUUCUCAUAUAAACUAGACACUCUCACUUGGUCUUGUAAGCCAAAUUGUGACUCCUAGCUAUCAGAAAUGUAUGUCUUAGCAGUGUAAGUGAAGGAAAUGUGUAGGCCAACCUGACCUGUGUAACAGAGGUCACAGAGCUGUUUACUUCUGUAUUGAGCUCAUCUAUUCAAGCUUAGUCCUUUAAAGGUACAGGGAUAGUGUUGACCAAAUGAAUUUUGUGAAAUGGUAGUUCACCUGUGAAAACUUAAGAGCUAGUGAGUUAAAGGGAUAAGAAGCUAUAGCUGUAGGUGGUUGCCUCAGGCUCUGUUGAACCUUUCAAUGAAAUGUUUCUUCCUCAAAGCUCUGUCAUUUCAUACAAGCAUGAAAAAGGGCUCCAAGGGAUCUGGAAGCUGUAGUACUCCCUCACCUCUCUCGCGUGGCUCCGUUAUACUACUGUCACUUCCUUAGAGAUGCUUUAUCCGUUCUUAAAAGCCUGUAGUGGAGAGUGAAUGACCUCUGGAGGAAAUCUAGGGCUUCACUCUUCGGGUUUUUUGAUGUGUGGGUUUUUAUGUAACCUGUAUUUGCACAGAGGAUGCGGAGGGCAGUUUAUUUCCUUCCUCUCUGCAAGUCUACUACUUGAAUAUAAUUUCCCAGCUUCUUGUUUCUAGAUUAAACUCCUCGUACAUUGUUAAGGAUCUCUGAACAUUCUCUUCAGCUGAAGAGCAUCUUUCUUUAGCUGACUCAUUUGUAUCCUCAAAUCUGGUGCUCAAAACUAGAAGUGACAUUCCAACUGAGGUCAUCUCAGAGUAGUAUAUAGUAGAAAGAUUUCUGUUUUGUACAUCCUAAUGUGGUGUUGGCUUUUUUUUUGUAGCAGCAUAUAACUUUCAGUUUGGUCUACCAUAACCCCUUCUCUCUGAUUCUUAUCCAUUUCCUAGUUCAGUCUAUUUCAUAGAAUUGGUCACAGAAUGGUUGAGGUUGGAAGGGACCCCUGGAGAUGAUAUAGUCCAACACCUCCCCUGGAUCCCCAGCAUAGUCAGCUAGAGCAGGUUGCCCAGCACUGCGCCCAGUUGGGUUUUGCGUAUUUCCACAGAUGGAAACUCUACAACAUCUCUGGGCAACCUGUUCCACUGUUUCAUCUCUUAGAGUCCAUCAGACAGUAAAAAAAGUGCUUCCUUGCAUUCAGGUGGAAUUUCCUUUUUUUAAAUUUCUGUCCAUUGCCUCUUGUCCUUCCAGUGAGCACUACUGAGUAGUGCUCUUUACUCCCUUCCAUCAAGUAUUUAUAUGCAUUGAUAAGAUCCCCCCCAAGCCUUCUCUUCUUCAGGCUGAAGUCUUUGCCUUUCCUCAUAUGAAAGUUGCCCCAGUUCCUUUAUCACCUUUGUGGUUGGACUUGCUCCAGUAAGUCCAUAUCUCUCUUGUACCUGGGAGCCCAGAACUGGACACAGUACUCCAGGUGUGGCCCCACCAGUGCUCAAUAAAGGGGAAAGGAUCACCUCCCUCGACCUGCUGACAAUACUUUGCAUAAUGCAGCCCUGGAUGCCGUUUGCAGCAGGGGCACACUGCUAUCUCAUGUUCAACCUGGUGUCCACCAGGACCCACCCAGGGUCUUUUCUGCAAAGCUGCUUUCCAGCCAGGUGGCCCCCAGCAGGUGCUGGUGCAUGGGGUUGUUCCCCCCCAGGUGCAGGACUUUGCACUUCUCCUUCUUGAACUUGAUGAAAUUCCUCUUAGUCCAAUUCUCCAGCCUGUCCAGGUCCCUCUGAAUGGCGGCACAACCAUCUGGUGUGCCAGCAACUCCUGGUUUUGUACCAUCUGCAGAUUUGUCUCUACUGAAAUUAUGUUACAGCUUUUUCAGAUUUCAUCUUCAGUUUGUCAGUUGAAAACUUGGUUUGAAUUCUCAUCCUGUCCUCCAGUAAGCUUGCAAUGCUUUUAGGCUUAAGUUUGCAAGUAUCAAGCUACAUUCCACUGUGCCAUGAAGUAAAUGAAAAAUAGCUUUAGGCCCAUGGCAGAGCCUCUCAGAACCACAUUAGAUAAUCCUUUAAUUAUGAAAGUGCAACUUUAAUAACUAUUUUAUGUAUAGCGGUUUUUUUCCCAUCAAAGUUGGGUAAGCCAACACUAUAUUCUUUCAUCAGGGUCACACUUCACUGGUUUCCUGACAACACCUGCCUUUGUUAGAAGCCCCAUUAAGAUCACGAUGAAUCCUGCUGCUGCUACUUUCCUUAUCUAUCAGGCCGUUACUUCCCAACAUUUGUUUUACGCUUAGUAAGAAACAAAUGCUUUUGACGUGGUUGAUGGAGAAACUUCAUUUUGAUCUGCCCGUGUUCAUCCCUGUGCAUCACCAUCUUUCUCUGCAGACAUUUUAGCACAAGAGGGAGAAAUGUGAUGAAUGUAGCCAUCAAAAACCUGCUGCUAUAAGAAGAUAGGGCUGUCCUUGGCUCUGAAGUCUGCUACUAAUGUUUGUUUCUUUUCCUGCUGGAAUAUACUGGAGAAUCUGAGCACAAUCCUGAUCUGGUGCUGACUUUAGGAAACAUGCCUAUCUGGUGCUAAUUUUAAGAAACACGCUGAUUUGUUUGGUGGUGACUUAGGACACAUGCCGAUCUGGCUGGUGCUAACUAACUUUCGGAACCAUCCCCCUCCAUUGCUUUUGUUUAGCUACAGGUAUGUUCAUAUUGCCUGUGCUGAGGAGGCUCAUUGCAAGGCUGCUUGGAUCCUCUUUGUGAAGGCAGAAUGAACUUGCAAGUAUUUUUAAAAAAUGCUGAACAUAUUUUUAGAAAGAAACAUAAGUCCCUUCCCCAGAAAUAGCAGAAAUCAGUCUGAAUCCCUCUCCAGCGCGAAGGCUGUUGACUUAAUCUUUUUUUGUUUUUUGUUUUUUUUGUCAUAGGAGCGUGAACAAUGUAGCUAUUAAAUAACUUACUCAGGCUGAUGUCAGAAGAACCUGAGGCAAUGUGAGGCACUUCCGAAGUUUUUGACCCUCAGGUUAUCUAAGCUUGUUUAAUCACACGAUAACUUGUGCUGAUGAAAGGGACUGAUGCUAAGUUGGCUUAGUUAGUAAAGUCUCAGGAGACAGAGGACUUCUACUUCUUUGAUGGCUAGCAAGCAAAGAUUAAAGUCAGACAGGGUCAUCGUAUCCUGAUGCUACGGUGACCAGCAGUUUAACUCUGUUUGCUCUGCUGCUAUUCUCUGAAUUCUCUGAUGCUGUUCUUUGCAGGUGGAAAGGAACAGCUUGGACUUGGAGGAACCCUAAGUGUGUUGUCCUUGCACUGUUGUAAUGCUGCUGCUAGCUCUUUUUAGGACCAUCUAUUCUAAAAAGAAGUGCUGCGCGGCAGGCAGGCUGGCUGCAGGACAGCUGAGGGGUAGGCAGCCUCUCUUGGCGCAGUAGCAAAUGACUAAAACUGUUGCGUGGGUCAUUGCUCCUGGAUAGUGGAGCUGGGGAAGGUCUGUGUGAUGUAAAAGACUUGCAGUGAAUUUUCUUAUUUAUCAUGCAAACAAAACUGGGAUCCGUUUGAAUUUUACGGGUAAAAGUGACCUUCUACCCACUGUAGGAGCGCAGUUUUGGAUGGCCAGCCUGGGCUCUGGCAGCUAAACCAGCUGGCACCCCCUAGAGCCAGGAAUACGAAUGGCAUCAUUCACCUUCCCUGUUUUUAACAGAACUGCAAAGUGGAAAAGUUUUGGCUUUUUACUAACAGUGGGUAUAUUCUUCCCUAUUUUUGAUUAACGGAAAUGAAUUUGGGGAAGAGUGUUACAAAUAAUCACGAAGUAUCAGUCUAAGUAAAUUGCUAGCUGUACUCAGUACAUCGAAUCUCCAUCGCCCCUUUUGACUUCAGCAGUUGUUCUGUGAGGGAGAUGGUCGGCAUGUUCAUGAAAUGGCAUUAAGAGCCAUUAAGGGGUGACAAAUAUGUCCCUGUAACUAACUGAAUGGUGUGUCAUUUACAACUGGAGACCCGUAGGUUUUUGUUUUCUCUCAAAGCCUUAGUGAUAUUUCAAUUCGUGACUAGAAGAGCUGGAAUUAGGUUUUUAACUUUUUUAAACUGUGAGAACUGUUUAGGUAACCAUCUGUCUUGUAACUGCAGUAAACGUGUGUAUGCAACUUAAAAGCUGCAUUGCCUUAGAGUGGAUUCAUUGAGGUCAAGUGUGGGCUGACUGAUUUGUAAACCAAGCACCUUCACUCUGUAUCGAAAUCUUGUCUUGGAAUUUUACAUUAUUAAUGUAUCUACCUAGGACCUCAAAUACAAAAUGUUCUUAUUGUAUAAUAGGUGAUGGAAAUAUUUUCUCUUUAAAACCAUCAAAGGUGAGAAGGUGGGUAAGACUUCUGGGCUGUGGCCACACCCCUGUGGUGCUAGUAUUUAGGUAACAUUUUUAUAUGGGAGACUACAAAAUCAUAUUAACUAUGCUCAGCAAUUGUACUCUUCUUGAGGCUUCUCUUUUCCUUCUCCUCCACUGCCCUAAAGCUAAUAAGCCCUUUCAUUUAAAGGUAUUUUUGCACUCUAAAAUGUAGGUUCAAUGCCUUCGGAGAGCAGUGUGCUGUGCAAUCUGUUCGGUCUCCCUGCAAUGCCGGCUAGUUUUAUGUGGUAAAUGUAACUGGAAACAUAGACUGGGUACUUCUCUUGUGCAAAUCUCUGUCAUGGAGGUAUGCAAGAGAACAAACACCUGUAAGACAGGUGUAUAAUCUGUGCAAGGGAGCAAGAUAUGCAUUGCAUGGUCUGAUUACAUGAAGAGCCAGUGUACCAACUGUUAGUGCUUUUGCUUUUACAGACUCAUCAUCUGGAAACAGUUAUCUUGGAUAUUUUUUCUUGA